CACUUUUAUAGAAAAAUGUAUAAAAAUUAAAAUUAAUUUUAUUGCUGAAUUUAAAAAUAAAUUAAGGAAAAACUGCUUAACAAAAAAAAAAAAAAAUUCCAAUAAAUUUUUAAGACCGUAACAAAGAACAUUUAAAACAUCUUUAAGAAAACAACAAGAAAAAAAACUGUCAAAAUACCACAAAAAUUAAACAGUCAAAACUAAACAAAAUAACAUUAAAAACAUUCCAAAAUAUAAACAAACGUUUAAAGAAAAUAAUACUAUACAUUAAAUAGUAGUGAUCGUAAAUGUGUGACCAUAAACAUUUAAAUAUAAACGUGAGUGGUAAUUGUUGCUGUGGCUGCUGCUGCCGCCACUGUUGCUGUUGAAAGAUUGUAACCGAUCAACUGGGCAAAUAUGCGUUCAUAUCAGCGCGGUUUCUUUUGUGCCGACCUAACCAUACGCUAUCCAUAUCAUGAGUGCACAAUAACCGUGCCCAUGCUAUUGGUCUGCAUGUUACUGCUGCCCAUGUUGUUCCUUAGCGUGGUGGAGAUUAUGCGGUUGUGUCAUAAUUUUCGCAUGCGUCAAUAUAUGCGUAAUGUUACCUUCAGUUUGGGUUGUUUUAGUUUUGGUUUUAUAGCUACUUAUCUGUCCACGGAAUUGGCCAAGAAUGUUGUCAGACGUUUAAGGCCCCAUUUUUAUACGGCCUGUCGUCCACAACUUAAUGAUGGUUCCACUUGUGAGGAGGCCAAAAAUCGUAAUCUCUUUGUGGAGCAAUACUACUGUUCAAAUCGUAAUCUAACUGCUUUACAGUUAAGAGAGUUGUAUGUGUCAUUUCCCAGUGCCCAUUCGUCGCUGUCAUUUUAUGCCAUGUUAUUUUUGGCCUUUUAUUUGCAUGCCAUAUGGCGCGGUGGACGCGGCAUACAGCGUGUCUUACGUCAUCUAUUGCAGUUUCUAUUUCUCUCGAUGGCCUGGUUUAUUUCGCUCAGUCGUGUGGCCGACUAUUGGCAUCACUGGUCGGACGUGUUGGCCGGUGCGGUAAUGGGUAUCAUUUAUGCCACACUAACCGCCUUGUAUGUGGGUAGAUUUUUGCAAAUAAAUUCUCACACAAAUAAAAUCGCCAGCUCUCUGCCGCCUCAUGGCAAUUGCAACUUUAACUUGCAACAUUGUACAACGGCAGUCGUUGGUGGUGGAGUUGGGUCCAACAAGUUGAAAUCAAAUUUGAAAAAGUCAUCAUUACAACAUGUACCCUCGAGCGUUAGUUUCAGUCAGACUCUGCAACAAUUGCAGUUGCAACAAACUGAAGAUCAAACCUCCGCCUCGACUACAGCUUUAUCAUCAUCAUCAUUACAGGCAUCGUUGGUAGCCGCCAAAGAGCAUCUUAUACGUAAUGAAUCUAAUGAAUGUGUAUGGAAAUCGGGAACAUAGUGUGGAAUCAGCAGAAAAAAAAAUACAUGAAAAAUAAAACGUAUAAAGUUACUUUGUCUGUUAUUGCAUUCAACUCUUUUUUUGUUUAGUACUUUUUAAGUCCAUUAUUUAUUUAUUGUUGUUACUUCUAGUGCUGAUGCUGCUGCUGUAGAAAAAAAUUCUUGUGGAUUUAGUUCUUUAGUUUUUUUUUUCCAUGUUGAUUUUUUUUGUAUGCCAACAAUUAUUGUAAUUGAGAAAUUAUUAUGAUGUGUAUUGAAAUGUGAUAACCUUUUUUAUUUUGUAUUUUUCUAUCUUUAUAUUUAUUUAUAAGUAUCUGUUUUCCCAAAGGCAGUAGAGAUUAAAAUGAUGGCACAAUUAAAUUGCAGAAAAGUUCAUCACAAGUUUUCUAUAACAAGGAUUCUUACAAUGUGAGCAAAAUCUUGACAGAAAAGAGCUUCACAAUGUGAACAACUUUUCUAUAGAAAAGAUCAUUACAAUGUGAACAACUUUUCUAUACAAAAGAUCAUCACAAUGUGAACAACUUUUGUAUAGAAAAGAUCUCCAAAAUG